AUGCCUCCCAGGAAAGCAUCAAAUAAUCGCUCAGAGGAGCGAGCCGCCGAGUCUGAGCCCCUUCUUUCCAGCGAUUCCAACGCUGCCGACAACACAUACGGCUCGCAAAUGGUGAUAAACGAUGCCGCCAGCGAUGCUGCCUCUUCACAGCCGCCUCUCAAGCCCAAGCAGAGCAAGCGACGAUGGCCUUCUCUGAUUGCCAUAUUGCUUCUUGGAUCCACCUUUAUUACCGUCAUUAUCCUUGGCUUCAUUGUCCCGCCCGCCGUACAGACCUACAUCGAAAAGGCCGUCGUCCUAGAGCCCACCGGACUCUCUCUCGAUUCAAUUAGCUUUACCGGCAUCCGUGCCCGUGUCCAGGGCAACUUCCGCAUGGACCCCACGCGCGUCGAGGAUGACACGGCGCGCAGGGUUGGGCGCAUUGCCAUGAGAAUCAUGAGAACUGUGGCCGCCGAGCAGACACACAUCAAGCUCUACGUCCCCGGCUACGGCAACGCUAUGGUCGGUUCCGCCGUUGUGCCACCUCUAGAUCUUAAUCUUGUGGAUGGUCAAAAUACCUUUAUCGACGUCGUCACCGACAUGAAGCUCGGAGAUAACGCCAGCAUCAAGAAGAUUGUCAACGAUUGGCUCACUGGCAAAAUUAAAGAGCUGGAAGUCAAGACUGCAACAGCCCUGCAGCUCAAGUCGGGAUUUAUUCCCCUCGGAACUCAUGAUAUCGUGGAAAGCAUGGUUUUAGAAGCCAAAGAUGCUCCUUCGAUCCCCGAAUACAGUAUUCAGCACCUCAAUUUUCACCAAGUCCCUCUGGGCCAUGGAGAUAGUCAGGGCAUUGGCGCAAAUGUUUCAGUCGCCGUGCAAAAUGAAUAUUCCGUGUCCUUGACUGUGCCCCGUGUCGGCUUCGAGGUCCUCAUAUCCGGCUGCUCGCCUGACGAUCCCAAAAUCGCUGUCGGUACUGGCAGGUCCAGUGUUAUCCAAGUGAAACCAAAAACGGAAAUCACGGUUGAGGCUUCUGGCUUGAUCCGCAAGUUGCCACAGAGACUUACGCAAGCAUGCCCUGUGUCGGAGCUGUCUCCACUUGAUGAAUUUCUCAAACAUUACCUCGGUGGUGAAAAUGCUCAGAUCUUUGUACGGGGCAAGCAGCCCAGCGAUUCUGAGCUUCCCGGGUGGCUGGGCGAUCUAUUAGAGAGCGUGACCGUCCCAAUUGACUUUCCCGGAAGUUCCUUUGAUAAUUUGCUUCGGAACUUUUCCUUGACCGAUGUCGACUUUUCACUCCCGAGCCCCUUCGAGCCGCAGGGCAAGCCUCGCGUGUCCGGCACCGUCGUCGCCGUCGCAGCCUUGCCAGAGGGCAUGAAUGUAGAUCUGGGAGUUCAAAGCAUCAGAUCACAAGGCAACCUCUUUUACAAGGAUAAGAAAUUCGGCGAACUCAACCUGCGCAAGUGGCAAAAGGCCGCCUCUCACAAGCUAGAAUCCGAUGCUAAAGAAAUCCUUAUUGAGAUAACGUCUCGCGUCGACAACGCCCCAAUCGACAUUACCGACAACGACGUCUUUUCUUCACUCGCAAGUGAAUACCUCUUUGGUUCCGACAGUAUAAUCGUCCAUGCCCGCGCCAAACUAGAUGCCAAUGUCGACACCGUCCUCGGCGCUGUGGUCAUCAAGGACAUCCCUGCAGAGGGCAAGAUUCCCGUCAAUGGGCUUUCGGGGGGGCUCAUUGGCAACUUCAAGCCGCGCAUCGGGAAUAUUCGGAUCCGAAAUACGACCUUGACUGCUAUCAAUCUGGAGUGCGCUGUUGCUUUUACGAAUCCCACGCCAUACACGGUCUUUGUGCCCUAUGUAAAUCUGCACCUCGUCUCUGAUGAAAACAUCUUGGGGAACGUCACUGUGAAGGACCUGCUGGUCGGCGACGGCAAUGUCACCGACACUGCGGUCAGCGCUUCAUGGAACCCAGCAGGACUGGGUGGCGACACGAGCCGUGAAGCCGGCCGUAAACUCAUCUCGGGCUACAUUUCUGGCAAGAAUACGAGUUUCACAUUACGCUCCCAUCGCGGCAGCUUACCCAAUCUGCCAGAGCUCGGCGAAGCUCUAUCCAGAAUCAACUUGACUUUUCCCGCUCCUCGUCUCGAGCUCCCCGGUGACGGCCCCAAGAACGACAAGUCCGACGGGUUCCUCCGCGAUGCCAUCUUUCACCUCCUCACCUCAUCUGCGAGCUUUGUGCUAGCCUCGCCACUGCGCCAAAACACGAUCCACAUCCAGCACAUUACUGCCACCGCGUUCUACAAUCACACCGAACCCGUUGCGCGCAUCGAACACAGCGAGGAGUUUGACGUGCCACCGGGGUUGUCGGAGACGCCGCGGCUCGACGUGCAGUGGUCGCUUGAGAGCGUGGGCUACGGCAAACUGCGCGAGGCCCUGGGAGGGUCGCUGCGACUAGAUGCGCUGGCGCAGAUUACCCUGCGGAUCGGGCAAUGGAUCGAGACGGUGCAGUAUCAAGGGCGCGGUAUUGGAGCCAAGGUUCGACUUUGA